AUGACUGAGAAAAUAUGGAAAAGCUUAAAUAUUUAUAAGAUGGAUAAAAAUAGGUAAAAUAAUUGACAAUUAUUUACAUUAUAAAAAAAAUAACAUUUAUAAAUAAUCAAAUAAGUUUCACUCUAAUAAAAAUCAAAAUAUGGAAGCAGAAGACUAUCAUUUUCGCUUUAAAAUCGUUCUAGUUGGCGACAACGGUGUCGGCAAAACCACCCUUCUCGAUGGUAACCUCCAUUUAGCCCUCACCCAAACAUAUGGCCGAGUUUUAGAAAACGAGGUCGUCGAAGAAAUGCAUUUCAAAUCCGUCAUUUUUGUCGAUGAAACUACCUUUUAUCGCUUAAACUACUGAGACUUGCCUGGCAGUGAGCGCUAUCUCCCUGUCACAAGUCGCUACUGUGCUGGCUCUACAGCAGCUUUAUUUGUUUUUGACCGUAUUUUCUAAGCAGUUACUAAACGAGCUUCAUUUGACCGAAUUGAAAGAUGGAUCAAGGAAUGCGAAAAAGUGGAAAUUCUUACCAAAGUUUUACUAGGGAAUAAAUUUGACAUUGCCACAAAAAACAAUAUCAAUGUAGUCAGCAAAACUGAAGCAAUGAGCCUUGCAAGAAAGUAUGGGAUGGAGUAUUUCGAGAUAAGCGCUUUGGAUGAAAAUAAUUUAGCACAUAUUUUUGAGCAUGUUUUCAAUAGCAUCGUGGCGAAUAUUCCUAACCCGCCUGACCCAGGGAUGCUGCUGGGAAAAUCAAUUUCUUUGGGGAGAAGGCUGACUAAUAACCCUAAAUUCAAAACGGUAAAAGUUAUGCAGGCACUUUUUGAUACGGACUCAAGAUAUGAUUAA